AUGAUUCCUGUGGUCGCUGCCUCCUAUUUCCAUGCAGGAUGUGCGAGCCCAGAAGACAAGUAUCAGUCACUGAGGACUGACAGGAUGGCCACCCAGAAUCUGGCAGUAGGACACUUCUUGAUCUUCUUAGUCCAGACUGUGCUUGGAAUCCUGGGGAACUUCUCUCUUCUUUACCUUUAUGUCCUCCUUUCUUUGACUGAGUGUAGGCCAAGGCCUACAGAUUUGUUCGUCAGGGACCUGAUUGUAGCCAACCUUUUGGUCAUGGUCUCUUUUGGAAUACACCGUACACUGUCAUCUUUUGGGUGGUGUCAUAUCCUCAGUGAUUUUGGAUGCAAAAUUUCCCUCCAUGUUCGGGGAGUGUUCAGGGGUGUGUCCAUUGGUGGGACCUGCCUCUUGAGUGUCAUCAUGAUCAGCCCCCAGAACUCCCGGUGGGCAGCACUUAAAGGGAAAGCUCUCCAGUGCCUUGUCCCUUCACUUGUCCUGUGCUGGGUCUUGCAGAUACUGGUGACUAUCAUGUAUCUAAUGUUUAUGAGUAGCCCUUUGAACUACAAAAACAUCACAAGCAAAAAAGGUUUUGGAUACUGUUCAGCUGUUCGUCAUAAUAAAGCUGAGGACUCAUUGUUUGCAGCGUUGUUAUCAUUCCCUGAUGUGUUAUUUUUAGGCCUCAUGAUCUGGUUCAGUGGCUCCAUGGUUUUCAUCCUGUACAGGCACAAGCAGAGGGUCCAGCACAUUCAUCCGACCAGUCUGUCCUCCACAUCAUCCUCUGAGUCCACAGCCACCAAAACCAUCCUUCUCUUAGUGAGCACCUUUGUCUACUUUAACACCCUCUUCUCUAUUUUUCAUAUUGUUUUGUCUCUUUUUUAUGAUCUCAAGUGGUACCUCUUGAUCAAUAACCUCUUCAGUAAUCAUUCUGUGCUUUCCAACUGUCAGCCCUUUCUGUUCUUGAGUGGUGACCCCAGGAUAUCCAUGAUCUGCUUUCCCUGGUUAAGGAAUAUAAAGUCCCCUCAUCUUAUGAGAAAUAUGUAA